CGUAUCUUGGUGAAUUCAUGAUUUGGUAUGACCUUCCAUGUACGGGAAAGGAACGGGAAUGCGACAAACUGCGCUCUGUUUUGGAGCAAAAAGCUCAAUCGGCGGCUAGCCCAAUGGGAGGAGUGGCGCCGGCUUCACCUCGAUCUGAACAACUUGGAAAUGAUUUGAAAGAGAAGGCUGUACUUCCUUCGGAUGGAGCUAGUAUGCGAGCAAAGAAGUUGGCCGUAUCUGCGGAGCCCACAAAUUUCGAAAACCAAGCCACUACUUUACAACAUUACAACAAGACUGCUGGCUCGAAACAACUCAUCCGAGAUGCUGUGCACAAGAAUGAUUUCUUGAAACAGCUUGCUAAAGAGCAAAUCAUCGAAAUCGUAGAAUGCAUGUAUGAAAUGCGAGCUCGAGCUGGCCAAUGGGUCAUCCAAGAAGGCGAACCAGGGGAUCGACUGUUCGUUGUUGCAGAGGGUGAGCUUCAAGUUUCUCGAGAAGGGCAACUACUGGGUACGUUGCGUCCAGGCAUUGUGAUGGGAGAGCUUGCCAUUUUAUACAAUUGCACGAGGUAUGUUUAUCGUUUUUGUAAAAAAGAUUAUUUAAUAUGUAUCGCUUAAUG